AGUUGCAGCAUGGUUUCGUGGCGAAUGGGUAAACAAAGCAGAAGCAGCGUUCUAUUUUGAUUUGAUCGUUAAAUUGGGUUUGGCGGAUUUUGUGCUGGUUAUGUCUACCUCGGAGCUUGUGCUGGACAUGGUUUCCGUGUGCCGAACCUGCCUGCAGGAUGGAGACGCACACAUGGUCUCUAUAUAUGAGCCAGACAAGGAAAAAGACCGUGGGGGCAUUUUACUCUGCGAGAAAAUUGAAAGUUUCAGUGGCAUACAAAUAAAACGCACCGAUGAUCUGCCCACCAGAAUUUGUCUCAGGUGCAGAGCCUUUCUCACCUUGGCCCACAAAUUCCGACAGAUUUGUCAACGUUCAAACGACUUUCUACGAGAUUAUGUCUGCAAGAGUGUGGUGGCGGUGGAGCCUGAGGCCAUAUCACCAGCAUCGCCCCGACAUGCCGCAGAGACGGAACAAUACGAACAAUUAGAGGUUGAGGUGCUGGAAGAGGGCAUGUGGUCUACGGAUGAUCUAAUCGAGGAGGAGGAACAACAACCCACCAAAGAAGUCGAGGAUACGGCCAUUGUCCUAUCCGUGGAGACGGUGCUACCAGCCCCACAGCCAGUCCCAGCCACUGCUGAUAAAGUCUAUGUCUGUGAUAUGUGUGGCAAUAGCUAUCCCCGCAAGAGCACACUGGCCACGCACAUGCGACGACAUCGCAACGAGCGGCCCUACGAGUGCGAAAUCUGUCGCAUGUCCUUUCACGUCAAUUACCAACUAAUGCGACACAUACGCAAGCACACGGGAGCACGACCAUACGGCUGUCCUUGUUGCCAGCGACGUUUUGCGGAUCGCACCUCCAUGGUCAAGCACGAACGUACACAUCGCAAUGAGCGUCCCUAUGUCUGUGAGACUUGCGGCAAGACCUUCACCUAUGCCAGCGUCCUAAAGGUUCACUACAAGACGCACACAGGCGAAAAGCCGCACAGCUGUCGACUCUGUGGCAAAAGCUUUGCAAGGAAUCACAAUCUGGUGGCUCAUCUGCAAACGCAACAGCAUCAAAAUGAUCCACGAACUGCCGACUAUUUGAACUCGCUCAAACAAGGGAGUACCACGGCGAUUGGCUAAGCAAAUUUUGCUCAACUACGCUUAAGAUUUAUAAGUACUUUGGCCUCGUAUAUCCAUAACUUGCUUUGUGAAAAAUACCCACGAAAUUUGUUUAUAUUUUUACAAUUUCUUUUCAUUUAUUUAACUU